GACAAUGCUAAUACUCUUGAUCUUCCUCGCCCCACCGCCACUUCCAUCACUUUACUAAUUUUCAGCCGCAUGAAGUACCGAUCGACAUCCCCACCGCCACUCCCACCGGCGAAACGUUUCCGUGAGAUCUCGGUACGAGGUAGUAACACUGGUUUCUCUUCAGAACCACUUAUCGAAUGUGGUUCUCUUAGCAAGGCAGAAGGACCAGAGGCAGAUCCAAAGGCUGCUGGUUACUAUUGGUUUAAACUCAAGCUUGGAGAACCUCUUACCUCUAAAGAAGAGGCAAAGGCUGCUGAUUACUGUUUGGAGGACCUCCUCGAUGAAGGUCUCGAAUUUUGUACGAUUUGUGGUCAGGAGGACCACUGGGUUUACUGUUGUGAGAAAUACUAUGAGGAAUAUAAAUGUCCAUACGGGACUAAAUUCAUUCCGGCCGCCAGGCAUUAACCAAUAACCAACAUGACAAGAUGCCUUCUGAUGUCUGGACUGACUCAGAUCAAGAGUAUUUGGAACUUUUGUGCAUCCACGAUUAUGUCCCAGAGGGCUUUGAGUACCUGAGUACAGUCAGUGAAAUAAAAAACAUACAUAGAAUUAUGAUUCAGCAGCACUCACUAUCCAAUGUAUAACUGCCAGGAUCAAGUUCUUUAACCAAUUAUCAUAUGGUCCUUGGUCAUUGUUAAUUACAUUUGGGGUGUACGUACAACUGAUAAUUUAACCGGAAUGUAUAAGUUUUGGACUUUGUUGUAAGUACUAUCCUUGUGAUUAAUCCAAGUAUUUCAAGUUGGUAUCUUCGGGGUUUCUACUUGAACAGAUUAAGCUAUGGUUGAAUUUGAUUGUUUGUAGGAGAAUGGUUGAUAAAUCUUAUUACCUGUAGAAUAAAAAAGUAGAAUGGCAUUUUUUUAAAUGAGCAAUAAUAAACUAGUGCAAAAUUUAUAGGCAACAUAGAGUAAAAGAAUAUUUACUCUUUGUUGAUGGGAUCAUAGAUGUUACUGCAUCUGCAGCUUGGUAUUUGGUAAUAUAUAUAUAUGUUUCAUCAAAGAUUCAUUUUUACUGAUUUUAUGACUUGAUAUUGUUAUCUUCCUCAUUAUUGAAUGUCACGUCUGAUAGACUCAUAAUUUCAUACAUUUUUAUACCCUUAAAUAUCGGAUGAACUAGUUCUUGUCAUUUUUGAGUCUUUU